AUGAGGAAGACGGGAGAGGGAUCGACUGGUUCCCCAAAAGGAGCUUGCCUAACGCAUUACAAUAUCGUGAACAAUUCGUACUUCAUCUGCAAAAGAUUGCUCUACAAGCAAAAGGAACACAGAAUAUUGCUGCAAGUGCCGUUUUUUCACAUAUUCGGUACUGUUGGCGGAAUCAUGUCGAGCAUACACAGUGGAACCACAUUGGUAUUGCCGACUUGCGGUUAUAAGCCCAUUGAGGCGGCCAAGGCCAUUGUACACGAAAAAUGUACAGUUUUGUACGGUACUCCAACAAUGUACGUCGACUUGGUUUGUGUUUCCAAAGAACUCCUACAGGAAGGAUAUACCUUUACAACACCGGAAGUGGCAGUUUGCGCGGGAGCUAUGUGUUCUCCACAUUUGCUUAAACAAAUCAAAACCGUUCUAAAUGUCGGACGUUUACUGUGUCCUUUUGGAAUGACAGAAACCAGUCCUCUUGUUUUUCUUUCCAACCCUGACGAUCCCGAAGAGAAAACAUGUACAACCGUUGGCCAAGUCAUCGAUCAUUGCGAAGUGAAAGUCGUGGACAAAAACGGCGACGUGGUGCCUAUGGGUACUCCGGGAGAGGCUUGGUUUAAAGGGUACAACGUCAUGCCGGGUUACUGGAACGACGUGGAAAUGACAAGAAAGACCAUCGACGACGACGGAUGGCUUCGUUCGGGCGACUUAUUCGUAUUGAGCGAAGACGGGUACGGCGUGAUCACGGGCAGGAUAAAAGACAUUAUAAUUCGAGGCGGAGAAAACAUAGAACCGCAGACGAUCGAGUACUUCCUAGAAACUCAUCCCGAAAUCGUCCAGGCUCAGGUGUUCGGUAUACCGGACGAAAGGCUCGGCGAAGUGGUUUGCGCAGCUGUAAAUACCAUAAAGAAUUCCAAGCUCGACGAGGAAGGUGUAAAAAAUUUUUGCUCCGGCAACAUAGCCAGGUUCAAAGUCCCCAUUCACGUGAUGAUCGUAGACGACUUCCCAAAAACGGCUUCUGGCAAAAUUCAGAAAUUCAAACUCCGUGAAAUUAUGAUUGAUCAUUUGAAGGAAUAGUAGAUUUGUCCUUAAAACGACUACUGCCAUUAGUGUAUCGAAUACUUAGUUUAAUUUACACACAAUAGUAUCUUUGAUCUAUGAGUUUUUUUUAAAUGUUAUAAUUGUGUUAUGCAGAAGAAACUCGAGC